GAAUCAUCUAGGUCAGAGACCUCUUUUCCCCUCUUCCUCUCCUUCAUCGCCUUCAAUUCAUCCUCUAUAAUCUCACACACCACUCCACACGCACUGAAAAGGUAAUACAAAAUCCACCUUCCACAAACAGCAAAAAAGACCAAUCAUUGCAGCUCCUUAAUUUACCUUAUUAUGCCCCCUAGCAUGGCGACUGAAAAUUCCACAAACACUUCACGAGCUGAAGAAUUCAAAGUCCAAGCAAAUGAAGCCUUUAAAGCGCAUAAAUUCUCUCAAGCAAUUGAUUUGUACACGCAAGCGAUAGAGCUGAAUCAUGAUAAUGCGGUUUACUGGGCUAACCGGGCGUUUGCGCACACUAAGUUGGAGGAGUAUGGGAGUGCUAUUCAGGAUGCUACGUCGGCGAUUGAGAUCGAUCCGAAGUAUUCGAAGGGUUAUUACAGGCGAGGUGCGGCCUAUUUGGCGAUGGGGAAAUUUAAGGAAGCUCUUAAGGACUUUCAACAAGUCAAAAGACUUUGCCCAAAUGAUCCUGAUGCUGCCAAGAAAUUAAAAGAGUGUGAGAAGGCGGUCAUGAAGCUAAAAUUUGAAGAAGCUAUUUCUGUACCUGAAUCAGAAAAGCGUUCAGUAGCCGACUCUAUUGAUUAUCACACAAUAGGGACUAGUCCUGGCUCAUCUUAUGUUUCCCUGAAAGUUACUGCUGUAGCAGCGGCCGUAGCACUACUGGCAGUAUAUGUUGGGACUAAAGGAUCCAUAGCAGUGGCAACAACAGCUAUGACGAUUGUAUUGGUGGUCUUUGGAACAUAUUGGCAAGGCCGAUGCAAAGAAAGUGUCUUUACCAAGGGUCGAACACUUGACUUAGAGGUUGACUCACAAUAUUCUGGAGCAAGAAUAGAGGGGGAUGUUGUUACAUUAGAUUUUGUCAAGAAAAUGCUGGAGGACUUCAAGAAUCAGAAGUUUCUACACAAAAGAUAUGCAUGCCAGAUCGUGCUGCAAAUGAGAGAUUUGUUGCGAGAAUUGCCAUCUCUCGUCGAUAUUCAUGUUCCCGAUGGAAAGCAUUUCACUGUAUGCGGUGAUGUACAUGGUCAGUUUUAUGAUUUGAUGAAUAUAUUUGAGCUCAAUGGACUUCCUUCCGAAGAAAAUCCCUAUCUGUUCAAUGGAGACUUCGUAGAUAGAGGUUCAUUUUCUUUAGAGGUUAUACUGACACUGUUUGCCUUCAAGUGCAUGUGCCCAUCAGCUAUAUACCUUUCUCGAGGGAACCAUGAAAGCAAGAGCAUGAAUAAGAUUUAUGGUUUUGAGGGUGAAGUUAGAUCCAAAUUGAAUGAUACAUUUGUGGAACUAUUUGCCGAAGUGUUCUGUUGCUUACCUUUGGCUCAUGUCAUAAAUAACAAAGUAUUUGUCGUCCAUGGAGGUCUUUUCAGUGUUGAUGGAGUGAAGCUAUCUGACAUCCGUGCAAUUGACCGUUUUUGUGAGCCUCCUGAGGAGGGGUUGAUGUGUGAAUUACUGUGGAGUGAUCCACAACCUCAGCUUGGCAGGGGACCAAGCAAGCGUGGUGUUGGUCUUUCAUUCGGUGGAGAUGUAACAAAAAGAUUUUUGGAGGACAAUAACCUAGAUUUAGUAGUGAGGUCACAUGAAGUUAAGGAUGAGGGUUACGAGAUUGAGCAUGAUGGCAAACUCAUCACUGUAUUCUCUGCUCCAAAUUAUUGUGAUCAGAUGGGAAACAAAGGCGCAUUUAUUCGUUUUGAAGCACCAGAUCUCAAACCCAAUAUCGCAACGUUCUCAGCAGUGCCGCACCCUGAUGUCAAACCAAUGGCGUAUGCAAACAACUUCCUACGGAUGUUCUCGUAAUCCUCGAGCCCUAUUUAUUACCUUUCAACUUUUCCUUUUUGUGCAAGACAUUCUUCUUGCUUCCCAAAAGUGCAGAAUCACAAAGGGCUCAAGACUCGGGCUAUUCGAGCAAACUAUAACAUGUGUACAUUGGAGUUUUGCUUUAAAAUUGAGUGCUAAGUUGCUAAAGGUGGCAACUAGGUGUACUGUACCUUGUACAACCUGAUUAAUUUACAUUAAUUUUGUGUAUGAUUAAUAUAACCAGUUGGUUGUUCUUGGUUGCUGAA